UGAUAUCUUGAGAUAUUAUAAAUUUAUAUUAAAAUUUUUGGUAACUUAAUGUAUUUUUAAGGACGAGAUAAAGGCCCUAAAUUUAAUGGAUUGGAUGAGUCGUACUCAAGGACCACAGGAGCAGUGUGAACGAAUAGAUGUGCUACGGCAGAUUAAUACGAGUAUAUAUGUUUCUUUUUUUAAUAAGAGGGAGAACGUUACCGAUCCAUCACCGUCGACUAGUACGGAGUCUAUGGACUGACCGAGAGCUAGCCUCAUAAUAUAUAUACGUUUCUUCCAGUUUUGUGGCCUCAUCGAUCAUCGAUCACUGACAGAACGUAAAAAGUAGGUUAACUUUGAUCAAUCGAUCUCCUCUGCUUAAUUAGUUUGCCCCUUCCAGCUAGCUAGUUAGCUAGCUAGAUAUAUGGCUUCCAUGGGAAGAGUUGUGGUGGUGGCCAUGACGAUGAUGGUCAUGCUGGGAAUGGCGUCGGCGGCGACCUACAACGUCGGCGAGCCGGGCGGCGCAUGGGACCUCAACACCAACUACGCCAACUGGGUUGCCCAAAAGAAGUUCCACCCAGGCGACCAGAUAGUGUUCAAGUACUCGCCCCAGCAGCACGACGUGGUGGAGGUGAACAAGGCGGGGUACGACUCCUGCUCCAGCUCCAGCUCCAGCUCCAGCGCCAUAGCCACCCACACCACCGGCAACGACGCCAUCGCCCUCAACUCCACCGGCACCCGCUACUUCAUCUGCGGCUUCCCCGGCCACUGCACCACCACCGGCACAGGCAGCAUGAAGAUCCAGAUUGAUGUCGUGCAGGCGGACUCCUCCACUCCUGCGCCUGCCCCGCCCACGCCCAGUGGCAGUGGCCCCAACCCUACUCCUCCCGCCCCCGUCCGCUCUCCGCCCUCCUCCGCCGCUACCUCCCUCAAGGCCACGGCAGCAGCUGCCGUCGCCGUCCUGCUUGCCGCCCUCAUGGCCUAAACAGAUAGUAGCUAGUAUUAAGUUCUUUUUUUCCUUUUUUUUUCUUUUUAUUUAAAACUGGAAGAGAGAGAGAGAGAGAGAGCGCGCGCGCGCGAGCCAUACAUAUGUACUCCGUACCAUCUUCAUCUGAUUGAUUGUAUACUUACUGAUCGACGACGAUUCAGUAUUACUUAUAUUUAUAUUUAGAGGAUGCGAGAGUGAGCAUUUAUAUAUAUUAAUUAAUUAAUUCUUAGGAGGUUAAUUGUAUUUAUAUAACUAUAUUGCUUCACUUGUCGAUCGAGGGAUAGACUAAGUAAACGGUCAACAAACUAAGAAUAGAG